AUGGAGCGGCGGCGCGCGCCCGCCCCCCCCCGCUACGGGCGGCGCCGCUUCUGGGACGCGCUCUACCGGCGGGAGGGCGCCCAGACCCGCGAGUGGCUGGGGGGGCUCUCGCGGUUUCUCCCGCAGCUGGAGCCCGAGCUGCGCCCCGGUGACCGCAUCCUCGUGCUCGGCUGUGGCAACAGCGCCCUGAGCCACGACCUGUACGAGCUGGGCUACACCGACGUCACCAGCAUUGACUUCUCCCCCGCCUGCAUCGCGGCCAUGCGCGCCCGCUACGCCCGCUGCCCCGGCCUGCGCUGGGCCGUCAUGGACAUCCGCGCCCUGGCCUUCCCCGACGCCUCCUUCGACGUGGUGCUGGAGAAGGGCACCCUUGAUGUGCUCAUGGUGGAGGAGACCGACCCCUGGCACGUCUCGCCCCAGGCAGCCGCUGCGAUGCGCCGGGUGCUGGCAGAGGUGAGCCGGGUGCUGCGCCCAGGCGGCUGCUUCAUCUCCAUCACCUUCGCCCAGCCCCACUUCCGCAAGCCCCACUACGCCCAGGAGGCCUUUGGCUGGUCCCUGCGCCACGCUGCCUGUGGGGACGGGGACGCUGGGGCCUUCCACUACUUCCUCUACGUCAUGCGCAAGGGGCAGCCCCUGGACCCCCGUGACGUGGCCCUGGGGCGCCGGCUGCACCAGCCCCCACCGCCCCCCGCCCCGCCACCGCCUCCCGCCCCCCUGGAGGACGACGAGGACUAUCUCCUUGCCAUCCAGCUGUGAUCCAGGGGCCUUUCCCAACCUCCCCCCACCCAAUAAAGCCUUAAGAUGCUCCAUCCUCACAGGUGGGAGACGGGGAACCGGUGCAUCCCCCUGCAAGCUGCCCAGUGAUGUGGCUAAUGGGAGGAAAGAGGGGGAUACUUGGCCUCCUCCGGGGGGCACAGGGAUGCUCCGGUGAUUCUGUGCCCCCUCCCUGGCCCUUCCUUGCUGAGCUGGAGAGCAGCCAGGACUCCAGGCUUUGCAGCCAGUAAUGAAACCAAAUUGGGUUUAAUUUCACCCAUCCAUCUUGCGGGGAGUGGCUCCCUGGCCCCCAUCCCUUCUUCCCCUUGGCAUGGGCUGAGGGCAGAGUGGGGGUGCUGGCACUGGGUAUGGGGGGCAGGAUUGGGAGUGCCCACUGCUCCAUCCCCCCACCCCAUCCUGCGCCAGGACCCCUGCCCCAGCCUCCCUGGCCACAGGGAUGUGCAAGGGCACCGUGUCCUUGUCGCCCCCACCCAAGUAGUGGGGGGUCCAGGCUGGAAUGUGCCAGCAUGGGGCAGGGGGUGCCACAGGGCAGGAAGGGCAGCACAUCUGCCUCUGUCCCCGUCCAUCCCCACUCCUGCCUGCGGGGGACGAUCCCGAUGUGCCGCACACGCCUGGAUGGUGUCCCCCUGUGCCUGGGGCCAGCGGCACGGUGACACGUGUGUGCCCAGGGGGGUCACGGGUGGCCCAGCGCGUGCUGGUGGGACUGGCUGCACAUGUGUGCCGGUGUGGCAGGUGCGUGGGUGCCACUGGCAGCGACCCCAGAGGCUCUUUGGGCACCAGCUCCCCCUGGGGUGGGCAAAGGGGAGCCCUCCUGGGCGGGACGGCGGUGACACCACAGAGGUGCAAGCUGCUGGGCUACUAUUUCAGGCAGAAGGUGUAAGUGGGUCAGACAGCGGCUCCCCCUGCACCAGAAGCCAGUGAAGGGCUCUGGGGUCAGCCCCCACCCUGGCCACGCCACCCCAUCCCACAGGCACCCCAAAAACCAGCUGGCGCGAGGAAGGGACAGAAAGGAGCAGGAGGCUGCCGGCUUCACCUGGGUACAUGAAUGUAUUUUAUUCAUUGCAUUUUGUU